CCUCGCCUGCAGUCUGAUGCCCGUCCCGCCCUGCAAUGAUUCUAUGAGCCCCCUCCGGAUCAGCAUUGGUGGUCUGCCUGUCCUCGCGUCCAUGACCAAGGGUGCUGACCCCCGCUUCCGACUGCGCUGGAAGGCCAUCGUGCUGUCGUCAGCCUGUUUGGGCUUUGUGCUGCUGCUCUUCUGCCUGCACCGGUCCUCCCCGGCACGGCACAGCCCGCCCAGUCCUCACAACCGGCAGCUCAGCCUGCAGGCAGGGGACCGCUACAAUGACACCUACCCGCUGUCCCCACCCCAGAGGAACCCCGAGGGUGUGCGCUACCGCAUCGGAGUCAUCGCAGACCUGGACACGCAGUCCCGGGGCUCUGAGGAGCACACCUGGUUCAGUUACCUGAAGAAGGGCUACCUGGUGCUGUCAGACAGCGGGGACAGCGUGACGGUGGAGUGGGACGAAGACGAGAGCAUGCUGCAGUCCCACCUGGCUGAGAAAGGCAGGGGCAUGGAGCUCUCUGAGCUGGUUGUCUUCAACGGGAAGCUGUAUGCCGUGGACGACCGGACAGGAGUGGUUUAUCAGAUUGAGGGCAAUAAGGUGGUGCCCUGGGUGAUCCUCCCAGAUGGGGAUGGCACAGUGGGGAAAGGCUUCAAGGCAGAGUGGCUGGCAGUGAAGGACGAGCACCUCUACGUGGGGGGACUGGGCAAGGAGUGGACCACGACGACGGGGGAGGUGGUGAAUGAGAACCCUGAGUGGGUGAAGGUUGUCGGCUACAAGGGCGACAUCGGCCACGAGAACUGGGUGGCGAACUACAACGCGCUGAGGGCUGCGGCGGGCAUCCGACCCCCAGGUGGAAGCGUUCACGACGCUGCUCCCUGCCGCAGGUUACCUGAUCCACUGCAGCGCUGGUUCUUCCUGCCGCGCCGUGCCAGCCACGAGCGCUACAACGAGAAGGCGGACGAGCGGCGUGGCACCAACCUGCUGCUGAGCUCCACGCAGGACUUUGGGGACGUGACGGUGGGACACGUGGGGGAGGUGGUCCCCACUCAUGGCUUCUCGUCCUUCAAGUUCAUCCCAGACACGGACGACCAGAUCAUCGUGGCACUGAAAUCGGAGGAGGACAACGGCAAGAUCGCCAGCUACAUCAUGGCCUUCACGCUGGAUGGGCGCUUCCUCCUGCCCGAGACCAGGAUCGGGAGCGUGAAAUACGAGGGCAUUGAGUUUAUUUAA